GCCUAGUGGUUUAUAGUAUUUAGUGUGCUAUAGCCUACAUAAAAAGGAAAACGAGAUUCCCAGAGAGAGAGAGAGAGAGAGAUCAGGAGAGAGAGCUCGAGAGAGAGCGCGCGCAAAAGAGAGAGAGGGAGAGAGGGUAUACGUGAUGAGAGAUUUGAAGACAGUCGUUUCAUUAUAGGGACGAGAGAAAAGCGCGAGGACAGAGACAAUAACAGCGUUUUAUCCUGUUCGUAUUUAACCGUGACCCUGACAUCCGACCGGGCACACAGCGAAGAACUCAAAAAGCCAAUCAAUCCACGACCGGUAGGCUACCCGAAGGCUGCUGAUACUGAGACCAGGCAGUGGAGAGAGGAAGAGAGGGAUUGUGGGAUGAGCGAAUAAUUGAGGGGUACGAGAGAGGGACGGAAUAAAAGAACGAGGAUGAAAAAGAAUGAAGCAAACGACAGAACUACGCGCUCCCCCUAAACGGUAGCUGCAGCCGCGUCCGUCGCCAACCCCCCAAAACCAGCAUUUCACGGUAAAAAUAUCUCACCUCAGACCUCAUGGCUUCCAAAACUCUGAUCCUAUUGGUCAUCCUCUGCCUGUGGGAGGGGCUUUGGGUCGGGGGUUCCGUCUCCAAGGUCGUCAGAAGAAGGCGCGUGCGAUCCCACGCGCCUGCGACAGCUGAGGUGAAGCCGGCGGUGGACCAAUGGGAUUCGAGCCUCGGCCUGAACGCGGCGCCGCCCUCUGCGGCCGACGCCCGGCUGGUCAUCCGCACGGAAGCGGCGCCGAUCGCCGCCGUGGCUCCUCCGGCCAAUCAGAAAGCCCCUGCGGCCGAGAACGCUAACUUUGCCCCGAAGCCGGAACGCAGGCCCACCUCGAAUCCGGAUUCGGCCGUUCACACGGGGGCCACGCGGGGCGGGCCCGAUCCGGAUCAGGGCGGGGCGCGGAACGGGUCCAAGGGCCUUGCCGACCCGUCCGGCAAGCGGGAGCAUGACAGCAAGGUGCCGCUCUUCCGCCGGCCCGACUUCAGCUACCGCGGCAACAGGACCAGGUUCAGAUCGCUGGUCCGAUCCAGAGUGACUCCGGAUCUGACCGUCCUCACCACCGUCGCGCAGCGAAGGGGCCGGCCCUCGGACCCGGCCCGGAGGGCGAACCUGACGGAGAACCGCGCCCCGCCCAAACCGGGCCCGAGGGAGGGCCCGGCUCCGCCGCAGAAGCAGGACCGGACGGGACCGGGCGUGGCCGGGACCGGGCGGGGCAGGAAACAGGACCUCGUCCCUUUGGGUCGCGUCCCGCCGGGGUCGGGAGUCUCGGCCGAGCCGGGGCAGGAAGGGGCGGUCACCCCGACCGCGUCCCAGUCGGGGGGUCGGACGGCGCGUUCGGAUCCUCGCGCGGCCGUGCACCCCGACUCCGAUCCGGAUCCGAGCGUUCACACCCGCCGCGGCUCGCCGGCCGGAGUCACUCCGGAUUCGGGAGGCGGGGCCGAGAGGCCGAGCGGGCCAGGCAGCGAGGCCCCCGACGGGGACAGGUACUACAGCGCUCACGCCACGCUGACGAUGCACGGCGACGCCGGCGGCGACUGGAACACCGUCUCCAGCGGCCCGCGGACCGACCUCCUCCCGCCGCCGCCGCCGCCGCUGUCCGCCGUCACCCUGGAGCCCCGGGGCGACGGGAACCAGAGCCGCGCCCGCACGGAGGAGGAGCCGGAAUCCGGAGUCGCUCUGAAUUCCGUGGACGGGAGGGCGCAGUCCGACGCCGGUCACGUGCUCAAGCUCCGCCCACACCCCGGCCUGGACCUGGACCUGGACCUGGGCGUCGGCACGGAGACCGGCGAAAGGGGAGUGACGGUGGACUCGUGGCUGGGCGGCAGGGGCCUGGUGUUCGAGGAGGCGGAGGAGGGGCGGGGCCAGAGAGGGGCGGAGACCCGGUCGCGCAGCAGGCGGAGCUGGAUCUGGAACCAGUUCUUUGUGAUCGAGGAGUACAGCGGCCCCGAACCGGUGCUCAUCGGCAGGGUAAGCGUCGUCAUAGAGGGGGAGUCCGGGGACACCUUCAACAUUAGCACGUCAGGGAGGGAGGCUGUUAUCACCCUCAACAAGGCGGUGGACUACGAGAGCCGCACCUCGUACUCGUUUUCGGUGGAGGUGCUGAACCCCACGGUGGACCCGCGGUUCCUGCGGCGCGGGCCCUUUAAGGACCGGGCCUCGGUGCGGGUGGCGGUCCUGGAUGCGGACGAGCCGCCCCGGUUCUCGCGGGCGCGGUACCGGCUGGACGUGAUGGAGAACUGCCCCCCCUCCUGCACGGUGGGCAGAGUGAGCGCCGUGGACCCGGACACCGGCCUGAGCAGCAACAUCCGGUUUUCCAUUGACCCGCAGUCAGACCCAGAAGCCCUGUUUCGCAUUGCGGCUGACAGUGGGCUCAUCUCCACGGCAACGGAGCUGGACCGCGAGCGUGAGCAGUGGCACAACCUGACCGUCAUCGCCACACAGAGAGACAGCCCCAGUCAGGUGUCCCGGGUGGAGGUUGCCAUAGAGACCCUGGAUGUGAAUGACAACGCCCCCGAGCUGGACAGGCAGUACACCACUGCGCUGUGCGACUCCGCUGCUGCGGGACAGGUGGUGCAGGUAGUGCGGGCGAUCGAUAAAGACAAAGGAGGAAAUGACACGGCCGUCCUGUUCAGUAUUCCGGCAGAGUCCCGGGCCGGUCGGAAUUUCACCAUCAGGGAGAGUGGGGGCCCCACGGCCAGCCUGGUUCUCCUCUCCUCCCUCUCCUCGCUCCCUCGUUCCCCCUCCUCCUCCUUGACGCUGCAGGUGCCGCUGGUUCUGAAGGACAGCCUGUCGGGCCUGAGCAGCACUGGGACUGUCACCGUGUCCGUCUGUCCCUGCCUGCGGGGCGGGGCCCGGGCCGGGGAGAGGGACGGACAGACGGACGCCGAGUGGGAGAGGGAGACCGUGUGCCUGCCGCUGCCCUCCUCCUCCCCCUCCCCCGGGCUCAGCACCGCCGCCCUGCUGGCCAUACUGGCCUGCGUCGCUACUCUGAUGGCGGUGAGCGCGCUCUCUCUCUCCCUCCGAAGACAGAAGCGAGACUCUCUGUCCCCGCUGGAGGAGGACGACGUCAGAGAGAACAUCAUCACCUACGACGACGAGGGCGGGGGGGAGGCCGACACGGCCGCCUUCGACAUGGCCGCCCUGCAGAGGGCGCCACACAGCGCGCGCCGGGGAUACCGCACGCUGGACAGCAGGAACGCUCGUCUAGCACAGCAGUCUCAGGACCAGGCAGGGGGAUACGGUUGGGUUCAGAGUGGAGCGGGAUUGGACCCGCCCUUAUAUGGCAGACUCUGCUACAGUAGCCACACCUUACCGGCACUGCGCCACGCCCACAGCCCCGCCCACGGCCCCGCCCAGGGGCGUGGCCUCGCUGAGCUCACCUGCAACUUCCCCACGGGCGCCCUGGACCACUCACUUGUCAUCCAGAACCAGGGGGCCGUCCUGGGUCCCGGGGCCGUCUACCUGGGGCCGGCGGAGCCACAGCAGCAGGAUGGUCCCACGGGAUUGGACGGCGGAAAAGCCCAGGGAGGGGAUGUGAAGGACAGGGGUGGAGCCCCCACUGGUGAACCAGUACCAAGAACCCAGCAGGACCAGGAUCUGGACUGGAACCACAGCCCCCCCUUGUCCCAGUCAGACCAGCCCCCACCCCAGCCGGGCCAGGCGGAGAUGCUUCCUAAGGACACGACCCUGGUGCAAACCCGACAAGGCGGGGCCGUGGGCGGGGCUGUGGGCGGGGCCCGGGGCCCCAGCGCCUCCUCCACACUCCCAUCAGCCGGGCGACGUGCCUCGCGGACCGGCCUCUCCCCGAAGCAAGGUGGGGGCGUGGCCAGGGGCGUGGCCGCGGACUCCGGCCAGCAGGGGGAGCCGCAGAGGGACUACCCCGGCACUCUGGGGAGGGCGGGGCUGGGGGUGGGCGGCAGCUUUGGGGGGGCCAGGCCGAAUGCUGAGGGAGGGAUAUCUGUGACCGGGACCCCUGCUUGCAGGCUGUACCCGGACGGGCCCGGGCUAAUGGUGGACUGGCGGGAGAGGGCCGGGAUUGGCUACUCCCUGGGAAGGAGGGAUAUGACACCCCAGCUCCUGCCCUACCCGGGGCAGAACCGGGGCAUGUUGGGGCAGCUGGGUUACAGAGGCGGGUGGGGCCCGGGGAUGGAGGCGGGCAGGGGAGGAGCUAACUCCCUGGCCCUGAGGGUGGGCGAGUUCCUGCGACUCCGCCUGGCCCAGGUCACCUUCGACCCCACGCAGCCUCCGUACGACUCCGUGCAGAUCUACGGGCUGGAGGGGGAGGGGUCGAGGGCGGGGUCACUCAGCUCGCUGGAGAGCGAGGGAGAGAAGGAGGUGGAGAAGGAGUGGGGGAGAGGGCUGGAGGAGUGGGGGCCUCAGUUCCAGCGGCUGGCCGAGCUCUUCCGGGAGAGAGAGCGAGAGAAGGAGGGAGAGAGGGAGAAGAAGGGAGAAGACGAGAAAGAGGAAGAAGAUAAAGAGAAAGAGGAAGAAAAAGAGGAGGUGAACAAGGAAGAGGAGAACAAGGCUGAGGAGGUGGGAAGUGAGAGCAAUUCAGAAAACAAGUGAAGAAGAGGGAGGGAGGGAGAGAGGGAGAGAAGAUAGGGGGUGUACAGAAGACUAGUAAGUGAUGCAAUAAUUGAAGAAAGGGAGGGAGGGAGAUGGAGUGGUGGAGUAAUGGACAAAGACACAUAAAGAUUGAGAGAAGGGCAGAAGGGAUUUAAAGCAAUAAGCACUGAAUAGCCCAGCACUGGCAGGUACACACUGAGACACAGCUCUGCAUAGCUGGAACCAGGCUAGCUCACAAUGCCCCUGUCCCACUGUAGAGCUGGAACCAGGCUGGCUCACGAUGCCCCUGUCCCACUGUAGAGCUGGAACCAGGCUG